AUGUCUCUCGUACUUUUUGGAGAACUUUCUAAAGAUAUUGGAGAACUACUUGAAAAUGGAACCAAUUCUGAUGUGAUUAUUCAGGCUGGUGAAGGAAGUACAUAUAAAGAAUUUCGUGUUCAUUCUCUCAUAUUAAGUGCACGAUCAACUUAUUUCCGAACGGCAUUCUCGAAUAAUUGGGCGAAGAAAGUUGAUUCAUUUAUCGUCUUUAAAAAGCCGAAUAUUUCCGCCACUAUAUUUGAUGUCAUUUUAGAAUAUUUAUACAAAGCUAUCAUAGAUUUGGAUAAACUAAAUGGUUCAGAAAUAUUACAACUACUGAUUGCAGCAGAUGAAUUUGGAUUUUCUACCCUUACGGAUAAGUGUCGUUCCUUUUUGAUCGAAAAACAGGAUGAAUUAUUAGAUAAGGAUCCGGUUGGACUUCUUCAAAUAUCUUUACAACAUGAACCUUGUGCUGUUCUUAGAGAGUCUUUAGUCCAUACUAUUUGUAAAAAUGUCGGAAUUUUACAAAAGGAUCCACUUGGUCUUCUUAAGAUUAUUUUACAACACGAGACUUGUGUUACCCGCAGAGACUACUUCAUUCAAACCAUUUGUAAAGAUGUAACAAUUUUAAAAAAGGAUUUAUUCGGUAUUCUUCAGGUUAGCGUCCAAAACGGUGCCUGUACUGCCCUGAGAGAUUUGUGCAUUAAAGCUUGUUGUACGGACACGGCACUAUUUGAAUCCCCAUCUUUCUUGAAUUUAAACAAACAGCUUCUUAUCAUGAUUUUGCAGCAGAAUUAUAUCGAAUUAGAUGAGAUCCAGAUUUGGAAUUAUUUAUUGAAAUGGGGAGUGGCACGUUCUUCGGCCUUGAACCUGGAAAAUAAAAACGAAUGGAAAAUCAAUGAGUUUAGGGAAUUAAGGAAUAUUCUUCGAGACUUAAUUCCACUCAUCAGAUGGCAUCAAAUAUCUGCAGUUGACUUUCAGAAGGAAAUAAUGUUUUUUAAAAGUAUACUCUCUGAGGAUUUAUUUCUAGAUGUAAUAAGUUAUCACCUAAAUCCUAACAUGACAUUUAAAACAGUUAUUUUACCUCCAAGGUUUGAUUCUUUGAUUAUUGAUUAUGAUCAAGCUAUAAAAAUAACGAGACGCGCAAAAAACAACUCUUUUAAACUAUCAUUUCGGAAUAUUUUUGAUGGUAUUGAGGCCAGUAAAUUUCAUACUUUGCGUGAUAACAACUCUUUUAAACUAUUAUAUCGGGCUAGUCGUAAUGGUUUUGAGGCCAGUAAAUUUCAUACUUUGUGUGAUAACAAAGGUGCGACCUUCUUUGUAGCAAAAUGUCAAGGAUUUAACAAAAUCAUAGGUGGAUAUAAUCCUUUUAGUUGGAAAACCUAUGGUUCGUACUCGAACUCAUAUGGUUCUUGGGAAAAUACAACAGAAAGCUUUUUAUUUUUGUCUAGCGAUAACUACUUAGACAUUAUUGAUAUUAAUCAAGCGAAUUCUACAUACGCUGUUUCUUAUUCAAUUGAUAAAGGACCCUGCUUUGGAGCCGGGCGGGACUUAGAAAUAUGUAAUGAUCGAAUUUGUUUUAAUGGUUCUACUACGUACCCAAAACUAGCUGCACUUAUAGGAGAUAGAGAAUUUAUCAUGGAAGAUUAUGAAGUUUAUCAACUCCUUUGA